AUGUACAAAUUCGAAGUGGUGGAUCUAACAACGAACAAGAGUUUUGAAUUUGACGCUGAAUCCACGUUAAUCCUUGGUCGCGGAGAUCCCUUUGGUAUACAAGAUCGCACUGUUAGUCGAAAGCAGGUACAACUCGAAGCUCUAAGGGACGGGCGCUGUUUCGCGGAGAGACUUUCAGAAAACCCAAGCUUACUGGGCACCAAGUUGCUACCAUUGAAACACAAGGUUGAAGUAUCCCAUAAGGAUAUCAUCAGCCUACUUCCAGGGAAGUUCCCAUUCCAGAUCAAUUUUCCACAUCACUUCUUAGAAGGUUCCCAGGAAGACACACAGCCACUAUCGAACAAAGUGGAACCUCCGGUUAUUUCAGAUACAGAAUCCCCCCAUGAUGAAGCUGAAAGCCACAGUAGUGACCAGGAGGACAUUGAUUACACCAUAGAAUCAGGACACCCGGACGGCUUAUCGUUCUCCGAAGAAUCAAGCUAUUUGGGAGAGGUUUCUGAUGCAACAAUUUGA